GCAAAACUCCCGAAGAGGAGGGAGCUACACUCUGCUAAGCCUGCUGAAUAGAGGAAAAAAGGAAAAAUAGCAUUAAAAAUAGAAACGCCAAUCCUCUGAAACCUUCAUGAACUGGACUACUUUUUUGUAACGUUGAUAAAAUAUUCUAUGUGAAGAAAGUAUUUAUACUUUUUUUUCUAUUUGCACUAACUAACGGUACUUCAGAACUACUGAGACUCUUUAUUUUUUACGGAAGAAACAAAUAUCACACCCUGUGGAAGGACACCACUUGUACAAAACCAGCACUUUGCUUUGGAACUGUUUUGUUCAGCUUCUGGUUAUUUGGCCAUCCUGCUCUGUUAACCACGGAUAAACAAAGCAGACCCAGUGGACACACUAAAGGUCAGACACAUCCAAUCUCCAAGCACCUGGUAAACGUCAGCAGUUAGCUAUGCAGCUUGAAAUCCAAGUAGCUCUCAACUUCAUCAUCUCGUACCUGUACAACAAGCUCCCGAGACGGCGGGUCAACAUUUUUGGCGAGGAGCUGGAGAGGCAGCUGAAGCAGAAAUAUGAGGGACACUGGUACCCAGAAAAGCCAUACAAGGGCUCAGGAUUCAGAUGCAUCCAUGUCGGGGAGAAGGUGGACCCAGUUGUGGAGAAGGCAGCCAAAGAGAGCGGGCUGGACAUCGAGGAUGUCCGCAACAACCUGCCCCAGGACCUCAGCGUGUGGAUUGACCCCUUUGAGGUGUCUUAUCAGAUUGGGGAGAAGGGGCCCGUCAAAGUAUUGUACGUUGAUGACAGCAAUGAAAGUGGAGCUAAUGGUGGGGGACUUGACCUGGACAAGGAGAUCAAGAACAGUUUCAACCCCGACGCACAGGUCUUCAUGCCCAUCAACGAGCCUGUGAGCGGGGCUUCUCCAGGCUCCAGCUCGCCGUCUCCUCCUUUCGGCCACUCUGCAGCCGUCAGCCCCACUUUCAUGCCCCGCUCCACGCAGCCUUUAACCUUCACGACAGCCACCUUUGCCGCCACCAAGUUUGGCUCCACUAAGAUGAAGAGCAGCGGUCGCAACAACAACAACAAUGGCAGCAGCAGCGCUGGGAACAAGGUGGCCCGUACCUCUCCCACCAACCUGGGCCUGAAUGUGAACAGUCUCCUGAAACAGAAAGCCAUCUCCACCUCCAUGCACUCUCUGUACGGGUUGGGCCUCGGCGUGCAGCCGCAGCAGCACCAGAAGCCCUCAGCCCUGUCCCCCAAUGCCAAGGAGUUUGUGUUCCCCAGCCUUCAGGGCCAGGGCAGCCAGAGCGCUCUCUUCCCCGGGGACAGCUCGCUCAGCCUCAGCCCGCUGCAGUACAGCAAUGCCUUUGACAUGUUUGCGGCCUACGGUGGCCUUAACGACAAGUCCCUUAUGGAUGGCUUGAAUUUCAGCUUGAACAACAUGCAGUAUUCUAACCAGCAAUUCCAGCCAGUUAUGGCCAACUAGUACUGGAAAAGGUACUACUUAAGCUACUACUUCACACAGAAACGACCAGAGAUAAUGUGACGGGGGGAAACAAACAAAUGCACAUUUAGAAAAUUUAAAAAAAAAGUGUAAACAAGAACAGAAUGUCAUUGAUAAAAGGAAAAAAAGAGACUUGUCAGCUGUAAGAUCUACGUUACGAGUCUAAGAGCAUGAGCCCGAGGGUGAAUUACUUUGCCCCCUUGAGUUAUUACCUUUAGUACAAGAUGUCCAAGCUUGGUUCUCUCAACAUGCAUCAUUGUUUUUUUUCUUUGCCAACCAAGCACAAAACUAUUUUUUUUAUGUUACUGUUUUAAGAAUAUAAAAGAAAAAAGAAAAAAAAACACCACCACAAGUCAUGGCCUCUUUCAGUAUUUAAACAUAACUGGACACCGCCAAUUUGUCAUGAAAUUGGCAUAAAUAAGUGGGAUUUCCUGGUCUUUUUUCUAAUUGUAUAAUUUAAUUUAGUACAGAGUUUGUAAAUUAUCAGAGUAUCUAUUGUUUCUACGACAUGGUAUUGCAUUUAUAUCUUUUUACUACUCCAGUGAUCUGUGAUGGCUGCAGCAACUUUAUGUUUUCUUUUUUUAUUGAAAUUAUAAAAUGAAUCCAUCUUUAAAAAAACAUUGACUAUUCUAAAGAUUGUGUACAGAAUAUUCCGUAGUGGUGGGAUUUAAGAAUAUUUGCUUUUUUGAAAAACAUAAGAGUUGUAUUUUCUGUUAAGAGUUUAAAGAUUUUUGCUAUAUUAUGGACAAAAUGUAAUCGUAUAUUAAUUUUGUACCUACAUUGUGCAAUACUUGAUAAAAACAAACGGUAUAACAAAGUAUUUGGAGUCAGUGUCUUACAUGUUAAGAGGGACUGAUAGUUUAUUAAGUUUGUAUUAAAAAGCUUGAAAAUAA